AGGACUGCUUGUAUAAAAACACAUAAGGAGUUAAGUUUAAACAUUGCAGCUUGAUUUGUAGUGAGUAUUUCUGUGUGAAUAAAGACAACAAUGAGGUAAUGACUGAAUUCAUAUUGCGAUAAACCAUUUGAUUCCAAUAUCAAGGCAUAAUUUGUGAAUUAUUUGUGGUUUAUGUGCGAGUGCGAUUUCGGGUUUAUUUGCACCGGGGCUUUUGACGGACAUAAAAAGUGUAAGAUGUCUAGGGAUGUUAUUUCAAUAGUGUUUGGGAGUUUAGCUGGAGCAACAGUUUUGGCUGGAAUAGUAUUAAUAGUGUUCUGCCAGUGUUGCUACAGAAAGAGGAAUUACGAAAGGAUAAAGUCAACGAAAAAGAAUGUUCAGUUGUACUGCGAAAAUGGAUUGGAUGAGACUAUUCGUAUUAACCUAUUACGCAAAUUCAAGACCAUUAACUUCGUUGAUUGUCCAACAAAGACAGACAUAACAGCUUCCGAGCCAUUGGUAGUAUUAUGCACAUUUCAAACCAGGAUUGAAGAUUCAUGCAAUGCCGCCAUGGAAGAAUUACAAGAUUGUAAAUCGGUUGUCUUGGUGGUGUUUCGCCGAAUAAUCGGGAGCGUUACCAAAAAUAGCAUCGUUAGUGGCUGUUAUUAUGAACAUCCUGGAGUUAAGAAAACCAUUUAUGCCGGAUUCGACGGAAACAAAAUAUAUUUCUUAAGAACGGACGAGAACUUUCUAAAAAACAAAGCAGAUAAAAUAGGAGAUGCGGAAUCAUGUAUUUAACUGUAAGCUUACAAUUCAUGUGUUCGUUGAUUUGAUAUAUAAAUCUUACAAACAUUGCCGGUACAAUAAUUUGAAUGGCAAAAAUGUAUAUGCACAACGUAUGUGAAUCCAUAAUGCAAAAUACCCAUCAGGAGUGUUUCAAGGAUUUGACGUGAAUGCGCCCAUGCUUAUGAAGCCGAAAAUUAUCACAACAUACAAGUUGGAAUACUUUUAUCUAGAAUGGUUCAUUGCGCUGCGUUUUAUGUAUGUUUUGUUUGCUCAUAUUUACAUUUAAAGUGAACAAUAUUACGGUGCGCGCGCAUGGUACAAACCACAGGUGCUCGUCACAUUGCCAUGAUACAGUAAUACAUACUUAUUUCAUAUUGUCUUAUUUUUAUUUUAUUUUUAUUUUUUAUUUUUUAUUUUUUUAUU